AGUCACGCUGGGGAUUGGCUGGGGAAAACGAGAAGAAUCCUUCCUCACACGCACACCUCAGUGUAGUAGAAGUAGGAGAGUAGCACAGCCAGCGAGAGAGAGAGAGAGAGAGAGAGAGAGAGACACACAAAGUCGUACGGAUAAACGCUGUUUGUGUAACCGUGUCUCUGUCCGUCCCCACUCUGUGGAUUUCUGCACAUCCUGCUGUGUGCCUGACUAAGAGCCCCUGCGUGAAAUUCACCACAGUGCCGCCUCGCCACGCACGGCGCCGGCUGCGUCGUAGUUGAAAUGCUCCAGCAAGGGCAUCGGAAAUGGGUCGAGAAGACAAUUUGCCCCCGCCGUUUUUUUCCUCAAUGAGUUGCAAAUUAAAUCCCGAGGAUUCCAGAAGCGCUACAGAGGUUUGACAUUUUAAGGAAGCGGCAUCUUUUUUUUUUCCCCAACGUGGGCGCGUGCGGGCGGACAGGCGUUAGAGAUGCCAACACCGGGAACACUUGAAGAAACCGAAGAAUCCAAAUACGAGUGGUCCGGACCUCAUUCUCUAAAUGACGAAUAAUUCACUGUCUCUCGCCGGGGAGGAGGCGUGGCGCUGCCGCGUGUCCGAGCUGCUCUUGGCACAUGGACGACUUUUGUGCGGCGAUAAAGAAAGACAAGAGUGCGUGUAACUGUGGGUAGGUCACGCAUGAUCGCCACACGUCAAGGAACUUUCAUCGCCAUCACCCUGCAUCCCUGAUGCGCGCCCCUGUGGACCGAGCGAAGGCACCCAGGUGCGCUCCAUGUUCGCUUUAGUUACCGGUACCGGCGAUACCUGUGGGACACAGCGCACACUUGGGACUUGUGAGCAGCCUCGGGCUGUGGGCCAGUGAUGCCGGACUCGUUGACUCUCCUAAAGAACCGGACAGAGCCACGGCUGGGGCAGCUGGAGCGCGCACUGGCCACGGACGCGGGCGCCCGCCCAGCCUGGGUGAUAGCGAUACUGGCCAGCGUGCUGAUCUUCACCACGGUGGUGGACGUCCUGGGGAACCUGCUGGUGAUCAUCUCAGUCUUUCGGAACCGCAAACUGAGGAACUCCGGAAAUGUGUUUGUGGUGAGUUUGGCAUUCGCUGAUCUUGUUGUAGCCUUCUACCCUUAUCCACUGGUUCUCUAUGCCCUCUUCCAUGAUGGGUGGGCAUUGGGCAACACGCAGUGCAUGGUCAGUGGCUUCCUGAUGGGGCUGAGUGUCAUUGGAUCCAUUUUCAACAUCACGGGAAUUGCGGUGAACAGAUACUGCUACAUCUGUCACUCUUUCUCCUACAGCCGGCUGUACAGCUAUCGCAACACUCUGCUGUUUGUUGCCUUAAUUUGGCUGCUCACCGUAGUGGCCAUUGUCCCCAACUUCUUUGUUGGUUCUCUGCGCUACGAUCCUCGUGUCUACUCCUGCACCUUCGCCCAGAAUGUCAGCAGUUCCUACACAGUGGCGGUUGUAGUGGUUCACUUCCUGGUUCCCAUCGCCGUGGUUACGUUCUGUUACCUCCGCAUCUGGGUGCUUGUGAUUCAGGUGCGACGUAAAGUGAAGACUGAAGACAGCCCUCGUCUAAGACCCAGUGAUAUGAGGAAUUUCAUUACCAUGUUUGUGGUCUUUGUGCUGUUUGCCAUAUGCUGGGCCCCACUUAACCUGAUUGGCUUGGCAGUGGCCAUAGAUCCGCCCCGUGUGGCUCCCCACAUCCCCGAGUGGCUUUUCGUCGUCAGCUACUUCAUGGCCUACUUCAAUAGCUGUCUCAACGCCAUCAUCUAUGGGUUACUCAACAGGAAUUUCAGGAACGAGUACAAGCGCAUUGUCACGUCAGUCUGGGUGACGCGGCUUUUUGUGACAGAGACUUCGCGAGCCGCCACGGACGGCAGGAGCAUGAAGAGCAAGCAGUCACCGCCUCCACCACUCAACAACAACGAGUCAGGCAGAGAUCGUGGGAACAAAGAGUGACUCAUUGAGCCUGUUACAUGGUAAAUCCCAUUUUCAUGUGAUGUCCAGAUGGUUGUGCAGCUAAAAAGUAUCAGACAAAACUACACACAUGGCUUGGUUUUUCAUUUAAGAAAAGAAAUACAAUGUACUUUGUAUGUUGAGUUCUCAAAUGCUCGUCAUUUGAAAGAUAUACGUACGAUAUAUGUACUCAAGUUCUCCUUGUGAUUUGAGUGAAAACAGACAUUUAAAAUGUUACAUACAAAGUGAGCCAUGCCUUAAAGUUUCAUGUUGUUCUUACGCUAACAGUCUGAAUGGUACAUUGUUAUUGCAUUUAUUUACAAUGUAAUAUCCUUUAACAUUAAUUUGCUGCUGUACUCAAAUUUGAUAAAAACGCAUUUAGUAUUUAGUAACUUCAGAAGCCUCAAAUAGUAGAAAUCACCUCACCUCAACACAUUAUGAUGACCAUCAUACGAUGUCAUCCUGCCUAUAAUGUACAACAUGUACAACAUGGUGGUGGUUGUCUGGCAAUGUAAGAAAAAUAUCUUAGUAAUGAAAUAAAAAUAAUGUUCAGGACAUUAAAAAUAACUAAGACUAAUGACACAAAGCUGAUUCUGAGCAACUUGCACCAUGUAAGUAAGACAUGCCCAUAAUACAGUUGCUUGAGUUCCAAAGCAAUGCAAUUAAUGCUUGUGUUGUAGCCGGUGGAGGACACCUACAUAUUUUUCUAUUGCUACUGUACUUGCUACAGUUUCACUAUUUCAGUAGUUAAACACAGGACAGUUCACUCAUUCUGCAUGUAGUAACAGCUUUUACAUAACCAGACAAAGAAACAAAUUAAUAAACUGUGUAGUGGGAUGGGGCAUAUUUUGAUGGAUACAGUAUUUGCCUAGUACUGCGUCUAUGGUGCUUGCACAUACUAUACUACGAUACUGUAUGUAUGGUACAGUCUUUUUAAACAGUCUGAGACCUUCUUCCAUCACUGUGAAGAACACACAUUGAGAAAUCAACUCCAUACACCAAUGUCUAGAUUAAUGACAGGGCAAUAAGCUGUUCAGUUUUACCAAAUUGUCAAGUCCAACAGCACAACUUUUUAUGCACUCGACAUAAUAAAUACAACGCUAUGCAAUUUGGAACAAAAUGGCUGCCAUGAUUGGAUCAUGGUACUGGUGCAUUUAAAAGUCAUAGCCAGCUACUUAGCUGCUUAGCCAGCUACUUAGCUACUUACUACCCGCACAUUAGAUAACCUCCUUGUUUUACCAAGAAAUUUUACAUGUACGAAAUAUGAAAAAAAAAAAAGAAUCUUAGAACUUUUUACAGACUGUGCAGCAGCAAUAGAGAAUGGACACAGGUUCCUCUGCCUCCUACAGCAUAUGCAUGUGGUCGUCUUACAAAUUGAUGAAUUAAUUCUGAAAUAUGUAUGAUAUUUAUUUUUAUUGCAUAGAUAAUUAUAGAACGUGUUUGCUAAAAAUGCCUUCACUGUGGGAAAAAAUAAACAGAAUACACAAGGAGUUGAAGUUAGGAGUUACAGUCACUAAUUUGGUUAAGAGUGACAUCCGUUGCCUCUCAACUGAUCUAGGUUGGUGAGAAGUUACAGCUCAUAUCUGUUCGACCAUCUCAGGGUGCCUACUGAACAUUUCCCUGUGUUGUCCAAAACAUAGCAGUUUAUUAGCUGCCGGAUACAGGAGUCUGAAGACAUUUCAAAGGGAUAUUUUGUAAAUUUGUGUCAGUGUGGUUUUAACUGUGCUUUCUUGUUAUUGGAGAUGUAUUGAAACUGUGUUUUUUAAAAUAUUUCAUGCUCAAUAAUCCCACAUGAUUAACAGCUUAUUAUUGAAUGGUGGUUACCACUUUUAAUUCUAGUACAGUUACAAAGUGCAUCUAAAGCAACUUCCAGCUUCAUCGGCAUGUACAUUGCAUCACAAGAAUAUCUGUUUUUGAGUAGGAUGAACUUCUAAUCGCACAAAUCAAAUAUAGAACUGCAAAACAGAUUUUGCAUAACAAAAUGUGUUUUCUGUUUGUUUUUUUUUUGAUUUUGUUCUUAUGUGCAAAUCCAAUCAAUUACAAAUGCAAAGCUGUUCAUAAUAUAAAUAUAACCCGGGCAAGACAUGCCAGAGCAUUCCAAGCAGAAAAUGAUCAUUGUCAAAGCAAAGGAAGCAGAGACCAUUAGGGAAGACAAACUAAAGACACGGAAUGGCCAAAACUCUGGGAAAUAAGUAAAUAGGGAACAAAGACUUCAAUCUAAACCAAAGAUAUAUUUAUCGAAGAAGGGGGUUAUGUCCACGUACUGUACACUGUCAAGAUAUUGUUAGGAAAGAAAUAUUUGUAACACCUAGAUCCUUUAACAUUUUUUCUUCGUCAAAGUGACAGAUUGCAGUUAACAUGGUACAGUUGUGUCAAAUUUUAAAAAAGUGUCACGUUGCCUCUAUACUGCUUUUCUUUUGGUUUUCAGAACAAUCGCCUAUAGAGGGUUUCCUCCGCUGAAUCAUACAGACAUUCACAUGCACACCUCAGGCAGGAGACUGAAUUGCCAAAGCCGAAGAACAAAUAUUUCUUUCUCCUUUGUAUUUUAUUUCUAUAUACCCUAAAGCAGAAUUACGUAACUAUGUUUAUUUGUGUUCCCUGUGCUCACUGUCUGCAUCACUACUUAUUACACCUUGCAAACAAAUAUGACUCUUUGCUUGCAAGCUUAAAGGAUGAAUUCACAAUUACAGUCAUCCACAGUUUUACACAGCAACACAAGCUUGCAGAUUUAGCUUUUAAACAUAGUUUCUCUGCUGUGAUUUCUCACUGGACUUCAAAACUGUCCAAGCAGCAAAUACAAUAUUUAUCCCUUCAAGUCACCCAAUGAAUUAUUGUUUUCAGAAAUGCAAAACGAGGAAGUAUUAAAAUGAUUUUCUGAGAAAGGAGGAGACAAUGGGACAUGGUCAAAGUUUAUGAAAGACAAUGGAAAGCAUCGUUGGAGAGACUCUUUAUAGUCACAGAAUAACAACAUCCUGUUAUUAUGCUGCAAGUGUCCUAUUUAAAAAAAAAAUCAUCCUUUGUUUGAUUGCCAUGUUAUACUGUAUUUACAUUGGCUGGGAUCCUGCAGCGGAGUGUUGAGUUCAUUUCUCACAACAGAAGCUGCCGGUGUGCUUGUGCUUUGUACAAUUAUCAGCGAGCAGGAACAACAACAACUUAAGAGCUGAGUCAAAAAACAAUGAAUUUAUGUUUUUUCAAUCAAUAAGUCUAAACUGAAAAGGCAACAUAAAUAUUAAUGGUGUAAAUAUAAUUCUGCCUUCAAAAUAAACACAGAGAAAAGUAAGCGGUGGAGGUUGUUUUUUAUUGGAAGAUGAAAGCAUUUGAGUUGCUAAUUUAAAAUGCUCGUCUUAAUGAGUUGACACAUUGGAGCCUGUUUUACACCCUCCACAGCUGUGCCUAUUGUUCAUGUGGAGUCAACCUUCUCCUGAAUGAGGAAUUUCUUAAUUUUAAAAAGACUUAUUUUCAAUGGUGACUACAGACUUGCAAUGUAAAUUACAACACAACUAAUAACCUAAUAAUCUCGGGGCACAUGACGGCCUAACAGAUACUGUAACACAUACACACAUUUAUUUCUGCACAACACCACUCUCUCUACUGUCAAUUAAAGUGAAAAUGCCAAAUAUACAGGGUUCAUUUAAAUAUUCUUCUCUGCACUACCUGCCAACAGUGAGCCACAUGCCUGCAUAGCACAACUUGAAGCACAAAUAUGUUGCCUCCUAUACUGUAGCUUUUAAAAGCUGCAUGAUGUAGGCGCAUGACUUGAACAUGUCACUCUCACGGCUCCCUUCCCCUUAUUGCAACUAGACAUAUCUCACCAUACGGUCCUCGGUGUCAUUUGUAAUUUAUGGGUUAUGUAACAGCAUGACAACAUUAGCUAAAAACUGAAAACAGAUAAAGAUGCAACACUGGUUGUUUGGGAACACAGAGAAAUGCACUUACACUGAAAAUACAGAGACAAACCACAAAUGUGAACCAUAUCUGUGGAUGUCCCGGGAAACCACUCUUCAUUCAUAUUUAUACUGCGGAAACAGUUAUUAAAAUGUUUUCAAAGCACAAAUUCUUCACACUCAGUGACCAAUUAAUCAGCUGCCACAGCUUGGUGUCUCCCCACACGCUGUAAUUUCUGAAGCACAAAUUAAAUCACACAUUUGAGAUGUUUUUUCCAGUUCAUGUUGACCUGAUUCUGUUAGACACCAUCCACACAAUUGAGGUGGGAUUUAUGAGAAGGUUUGUAACAAACUGUGGUGAAAUGCGUGGCAUUUGUGGAAAGACAUUGUAUCAUUUUAUUAUUUUUAUGUGUGUAAAGAGGAACCACAUUAACAAGACACAUUUUUGGAUGGAAGGCUGGAAAUGGGUGUAAUUUCAGGCAUUUACCCAAUUGACAAUUUGUGUCUCCAUAAAUGUUUUCUGUUCCAGAGGCUGUGUGAAUGUGCAUGCUCUUGUCUGAUGUUAUUUAUGACUGAUGUUCACUGACAAGAAGUCGCUAACAGGUGCAGGCAUCGGCGCCCAGGGGAUGGACUGAGUAACACGAACCAAAGGGAAUCUGUGGAAUGUAAUGGAAUUUGACAUUUCAACACUUUAAAGGCUUGGGCUGUGACACCGAGUCUUACCAGAAUGAGCUGUGUAUAAAAAAUAUAUGCAUUAUAUGUACAGUUCUCCAAGAAAAAUAAUGUAAUGAAGAAUAAACUUGAUAUAUCAUA